ACAAGUAUGAUGAUGUUUGUGGAUCUUUCAAAUGAUGGUGCAAGUUCUGCAAGUCAACAAGAAAACGGUAUUGGCUCUAGGACAUAGGAUUUGCAGCUGGGUCAAGAUGCUUUGAGGAAUAGCAACUAUAUCAAGAAUGUUUGGCUUCACACAAUGACUAGAAGACACUCUAGCAUCUUCCAUUUGGGCAUCAUCUAUGUAUUAAUACUUAUCAAGAUCCAAUUAUCUAAUGAAAGUGAAUUGAUGAUUGACAUGUCAAACAUAGGUCUCACCCAUGUUCCCAGGGAUCUGUCCCUAAAAACAACCACCUUAAACAUAUCACACAACAAUAUAUCUCAGCUACAAAUUUCUGACAUCUCAUCACUGUCAAAGCUCAGGAUUUUGAUUAUGUCCCACAACAGAAUCCAGUGUCUCGACAUCGGCGUGUUCAAAUUCAAUACAGAAUUGGAAUACCUGGAUUUGUCUCACAACAAGUUGGAGAGGAUUUCUUGCCACCCUACAGUGAACUUCAAGCAUUUAGACCUCUCAUUUAACGCAUUUGAGGUCCUGCCCAUAUGCAAAGAGUUUGGCAACAUGUCUCAACUAAACUUCCUGGGGUUGAGUGCUACACGCUUACAGAAAUCUAGCAUACAGCCAAUUGCUCACUUGAAUAUCAGCAAGAUUUUACUGGUUUUAGGAGAUAGUUAUGGGGACAAAGAAGACCCUCAGAGCCUUCAAGACUUUAACACAGAAAGUCUGCAUCUUGUUUUCCCCAUGACAAAGAAAUUCCAUUUUGUUCUGGAUAUGUCAGUCAGCACCGCAGUAAGUUUGGAGCUGUCAGAUAUCAAAUGUGGGCUUGGAGAUAAGGAAUGCUCUUACUUCUUAAGUGCUCUGUCAAAACUUCAACAGAAUUCAAGGCUGUCCAAUCUUACCUUGAGCCACGUUGAAACCACUUGGGAUUCUUUCAUUAGUAUCUUCCAGUGUGUUUGGCAUCUACCCAUAGAGUAUUUCUCAGUCAUCGAUGUGAAGCUACAAGGCCAACUUGGCUUCAGAUAUUUUGAUUAUUCGUACACUUCCCUGAAGGCUGUGUCGAUACUUCAAGUUGUCAGUGAUGUGUUCAAUUUCCCACAAAGUAACAUAUACAGGAUCUUCUCCAAUAUGAACAUCCGAAGUUUCACCGUGUCUGGCACCCGUAUGUUACACAUGGUUUGCCCCUCCCAGACUAGCCCAUUCCAGUAUUUGGAUUUCUCCAAUAACCUCUUGACAGACAUGAUUUUCAAUAAUUGUGGAAACUUACCCGAGUUGAAAACAUUUAGCCUGCAAAUGAAUCAGUUAAAAGAACUUGCGAACGUAAUGCGUAUGACCCAAGAGAUGAAAUCUCUACAGCGAUUGGACCUAAGCCAUAAUUCUCUAAGGUAUGGAGGAGGUGAAGACAAUUGCUUCUGGGCCGCAAGUUUAUUAAGUUUAAACAUGUCUUCCAAUAUCCUGACUGGCUCGGUUUUCAGAUGUUUACCUCCCAACAUUCAGGUGCUUGAUCUUCGUAACAACAGAAUAGCGAGCAUCCCUAAAGACGUCGCCCGUCUGGAAGCUUUGCAAGAGCUCAACGUGGCCUUCAACUCUUUGGCCGACCUGCCCGCGUGCGGGGCCUUCAGCAGCCUGUCUGUGCUGAUCGUGGACCACAACUCGGUUUCCCACCCAUCCGCUGACUUCUUCCAGACCUGCCACCACGUCACGUCCCUCCGAGCAGGGGACAACCCGUUCCAAUGCACGUGCGAGCUGCGGGAGUUCAUCAGGAACGCGGGCCAAGUGUCCAGCGGCGUGCUAGACGGCUGGCCCGAGGCCUACACGUGCGACCACCCGGAGGGUCACAGGGGGACCCCGCUGAAGGACUUCCACGCCUCGCCGCUGUCCUGCAACAUCACGCUGCUGAUUGUCACCAUCGGGGCCACCGCGCUGGUGUCAGCCGCUGCGGUGGCCUUCCUCUGCGUCCACCUUGACCUGCCCUGGUACCUCAGGAUGGUGUGCCAGUGGACGCAGACCCGGCGCAGGGCCAGGCACGUGCCCUUGGAGGAGCUGCAGAGAGAGCUGCGGUUCCACGCUUUCGUCUCCUACAGCGAACGCGACUCGGCCUGGGUGAAGAGCGAGCUGCUGCCACACCUGGAGAAAGAAGGCAUCCGCAUUUGCCUCCACGAGAGGAACUUCGUUCCUGGCAAGAGCAUCGUGGAAAACAUCAUCAGCUGCAUUGAGAAGAGCUACAAGGCCAUCUUCGUCCUGUCUCCCCACUUCGUGCAGAGCGAGUGGUGCCACUACGAACUCUACUUCGCCCACCACAACCUCUUCCACGAAGGCUCUGAUAACUUGGUCCUGAUCUUGCUGGAGCCCAUCCCGCAGUACUCCAUCCCCAGCAGCUACCACAAGCUCAAAACGCUCAUGGCCCGGAGGACUUACUUGGAAUGGCCCACGGAGAAGAGCAAACAGGGACUGUUUUGGGCAACCUUAAGAGCAGCCAUUCAUGUGAAGUUGGUGGGCCAAACGGAAGAGAAAACACAGAACUAAGAGAAUUCCUCCUGUCAAUGUGGCUGCUGUUGAAAGUUCCAAUAAGGAUGUUAUUUUUGCAUCAGUAUGAAUCUAACAAUGAUUUUUUUUUUUUAAAUGGAGUUAACGUGAACUUUGGCGGGAA